AUGAGUGAGAAGCGUGACACUCGUCAAGACGAGCUCGGCCGUGACGCUCAAAAACGUCAAGGGCGUAUGGGCAGUCUUUCCGUAGGGGAAUCCCAUACUCCAAUGAGUUUUCAGACUCAGGAAACUCACGCCACUUCACCGGAUAUUGGUAGUGAACAUGAAGACGACUUCUUUGAAGUACUCGCUCCACAUGGAACUGUAAGUUUUCUUGCUUAUCAAGCAACACCGGUGGCGGUGGGAGUAUCGGCUGAAAGCCAAGCUGAGUUGGUGAAGAAAGUGGAGAAUCUCAGUGGGACUUUGGGUCAAACUCAUAACGCCCUGGGCGAAGUCCGAUCUCGUCUGACGACGUAG